UAUUUUGAAGCGUGAUUCAGCAAAGAUAAGAAUUAACCUAACACAUAUUUAAGUGAAUUUAUCUUAAAGUGAUAAAGAGAAUUACAUAUUUAUAUACUUAAUAGAUAUUUGCGUAUGGUAAAAAUUUUUGCUGAAAAUAUGACUGGACUUCCCUUAUUAAAAAACGUGGCUGCACUUUCGAAAUUUUUACAAGGACAACAAACAUCAUUCGAUCGAGUGUUACAAAAGGUAAAUGUAAUUUCAAUCGGAAACGGCAAAUGUUCCGUCGAAUUGAAAGUAGGCGACGAUCACGUUGAUCAAAAAGGAAACUUGCACAUUGGUUUAUCGAGCACUCUUGUUGAUUGCAUUUCUGGAUUUGCGUUAAUGUCACAAAUUCCGAAUGUACAUGUAACUACCGAUAUAAAUAUGAAUAAUAUUAAAUGUCCUAAAAUUGGUGAUGAAAUUGUUAUUGACGGUCACGUUAAUCGAAUUGUCGAUAAUUUGGCGUUUCUAGAAGUAAAAAUUAUGAAUAAAGCGACAGGAGAAUUGUUAAUUCAAGGUACACAUACGAAAUAUGUAUUGUAAAUUCAAAUUUCCUUGAUACGUAAUACAUUAUUAUUAUUUUUUUCAAAAACAAUUUUGUUGUCGUAGUUUGAGCAAACCGAAAUGCGCAAAUUGGCGUUAAAUGUUACUUAGGGCGGGAUAAAACAUACAAAUCUGAUCUUAAAAAUUGUAUUUGGACGUGAUAAAUCAUAAUUAUAAUGAAUUAUUUUUAUUAUAAGACUUAACAUGUAAUCCUAUGUACACCCAAAAAUCUCAAAUAUAUAUUUUUUUAAUCUGG